AUGCCUAACAUGGAAAAUUCAGCAGACAUCUCUCGAAAGUCAGAAUAUCUUCAGUCGUGGCGACUUGGGAUUGUCAUCACUUCACUGUUCAUAGGGGCCUUCUUAAUAGCUCUGGACGUUAAUAUUAUCAAUGUACCAAUUCCAAACAUUUCAACGGAAUUUAACUCCCUUCCAGAUGUUGCGUGGUACGACUCUGCCUAUCUGCUUACUAUUACCGCCUUCCAACCUACCUUUGUUGGCUCGGUGGUCUGUGCUGCUGCCCCAAAUUCGAAAUCAUUCAUCGUAGGAAGAGCUAUUGCCGGUUUAGGUGCAGCAGGAAUGCUCCAAGGCGCACUAGCUGUUAUCGGGCAAGUGGUCGAACUGUCACAGCGAUCAUUCUAUAUGGGAGUCGUUAUCAGCGUUUUCAUCAUAACGGUCUGCGUAGGGCCAGUCCUCGGCGGUGUUUUCACACAAACUGUUUCCUGGAGAUGGUGUUUCUGGAUUAAUGUUCCGAUCGGUGGCUUUGUCCUAUGUAUUCUUUUUGUAUUUCUCAACGUGCCAGGGACCAAAAAUCAUGACAGGUCACUUCCACUGGCAAGAAAGUUGAAGAUGCUGGAUCCCAUUGGAUGCCUCCUAUUUUUGGGUUCUAUUGCUUGCCUUCUGCUGGCGCUUCAAUGGGCUGGUCAGACUAAACCUUGGAUCUCCGCUACAAUCCUUGGUCUCUUUGUCGGCUCGGCUACAUUGAUGACUCUAUUCGCUGAAAAGAAUAUUCCUACAGGAAAUGCAAUUCCAAUCGGUCAAACAAUUGCAAUCAGCACGCUUCUUGAGCUCGUACCAAAAAUGGUACCAGGUAUUUCAGGUAGAACAGUGAUUGCAGCUGGUGCUACGGGCCUUCCUUCCAUAGUAAAGUCAGCAGAAGAGCUGGAAAUUCUUCAGUCGAUCUGGAGCAAGGCAAUCAUCCGAAUCAUGUACUUAUGUAUUGCACUAACCGCUGCUUCGGUACCAUUUACCAUCGGGAUGGAGUGGAAGAACUCAAAAGAAGUUGCCUCAAAAGAAAAAAGACAUGAGGAACUGCAGAAUAAUCCGCUGGAGCCUAAUCAGCCCUCACAACCGAAAAGGAUCGAUAAAUUCAAAUUCGCAAAAAUUCUAUUAAAUGCACAUCAAUUAGCCCAGAAUCAAUCAAUUCAAUCUGAUGCUCUUUCUGGUCUCAAGAAACCCAAUAUCAUCUUACCAAAUGGCCGAAUUUCACAUCAAGAGACUAUCAAUAUAGGCGUGAAUCAGCUUGUCUACAAUGCCCAACCAGGAAACAAGUUCAAGAUAUACUCAGAUAAUCAAGCAGGAUUAUUCCGGUUGAAAACCCCCUCCGAUUUACCUGGUCAAUCAUGCCAAAUCAAAGCUAUAAAAGCUGCGGAAGCUAUUCAAAAUAAAGGAGCCGAAAUCUCUCUCAAUUGGGUCCCCGGACAUACAUCUGUACAAGGAAACGAGCUAGCUGAUUCUCUUGCAAAAGAGGCGACCAAAAUACCAUCCUCAUCUCACGAAACCAGUUAUGCCUCCAUUGGAAUGGAUAUAAAAAGAAUGAAAUCAGAGAACUGGAUAGCCAUCCUUAACACUCACAAUUUUCAUCAACCAUCGUCAACAUAUUCAAGAAACUACCCCUGGAAGAUCAGCUCAAAAAUCAGAGUUCUAGGAAACAUCAAAAGAAGCACAAUCUGUGCUCUGUUCCAACUCAAAAUUGGACACGGAUACUUCAAAUCUUAUUUGAAACGAUUCGGUAUCUCCUCUAAUGACAAUUGUAGAUGUGGGGGAAAGGAAUCUCCUGAUCAUCUUCUGCUCAGUUGUCCUUUAUAUAAAAUGGCAAGGAAAACCCUCAAUAAGGAUAACCCCACAGUCCGACCUACCAUGAAAUAUCUGCUUCACACUAAAGCAGGAAUCAUCAAGACCCUCGAAUUUAUCGAGGCGACGAGAAUAGCCACCAGAUCAUGGCAUCUCAAUAGAAUGCAUGAAGAAGAAGAGGAAGAAGGCGGAGAAGAAGGGGGUGGACCGGAAGAUUGUGAUUGA